AUGUUCGGCGGGGGCACUCCUUCGCCGUCGGCCUCUAAAUCUGAGGGCGCAGUCGGGGACGUAAGCAUUGAUGCUGCCGGUGGUGCCGGAGCCACCAGUGCUGUCAAUACAGUCGACGAGAGUGGCAAUGGUGGCGCAACCGGCAGUUCUGUAGCCAGUGGCAGUGGGCUCGUCACUGACAAGCCGCCUUCUCCUGAGCCCGAAUCGGAUAAACCGUCUACAGCCUCCACCUCUGCGAUUGCCGAUCACUCCUCUGGCAGCGAGAAGCGGAGCGGAAACGGCAGUUCGUCCGUUGCAAGCGGCUCCUCCGAACAGAAGAAGCGUCGCAGCAGUGGUGUCAGCAGCCGGGCCAGCAGCCUUCUGGCUUCUGCAAAGAACACCUUCAGCUUCUCCCAGUCAGGCCGGGCAAGCAGUGAGGCGUCGUCAAGCCAGACACCGCUCCAGAAGCUUGGCAGACAAGAUGCCGCCCUUGCGGUACCCCAGGGCCAGCACAACAAUUCAGCUGGAGAGUCGAUCCCGGGACCGAGUUCAACUUUCCGGGUCGGCGUCUGGGAAGACAGAAACAAAAAGUGUCGUCGGACCAUGGAAGACACACACGCCUUUCUCUACAACUUUCUCCGGACUCCUGGCACUGUUUCUGGCAGUGCCGAUGUGGGAGGAGCGCGCUCAAUAAAAUCGGCGGACACUGAGAGUGAGGUACCUUCCGGCGCAGGCGCCGGCAAUUCAGACGAAGACAUGUUGGAAACCGACAACGGCUACUUUGCUAUUUUUGAUGGGCACGCGGGCACGUUUGCGGCAGACUGGUGCGGGAAGAAGCUGCACCUCAUUCUCGAGGACACCAUCCGGAAGAAUCCCAACGCACCCAUACCAGAACUCCUAGACCAGACUUUUACCUCUGUUGAUGUCCAGCUGGAAAAGCUGCCAAUCAAGAACAGUGGCUGCACCGCCGCUAUCGCUGUAUUGCGUUGGGAAGACCGGGUGCCCAGCAGCCAGUCGGUCACCGGGUCCCAGAACGUCGCCAGCAAUACCGCCGCGGCGGCCGAGAUCGUGAGCCCACCUGCAGACGCAGAGACGACGCACACCAAGCCGAAAGCCAGUGCAACCCGGCAGCGGGUCCUGUACACGGCCAACGUCGGGGACGCCCGAAUCAUUCUGUGCCGAGGCGGAAAGGCCUUGCGAUUAUCCUAUGACCAUAAGGGCAGCGAUGAAAACGAAGGGAGGCGGAUUGCUAAUGCUGGGGGCUUGAUCUUGAAUAACCGAGUCAACGGCGUCCUUGCGGUCACGCGAGCCCUGGGCGACACGUAUAUCAAAGACCUGGUGACAGGCCAUCCGUAUACAACAGAAACGGUGAUACAACCAGAAACGGAUGAGUUUAUCAUUAUCGCCUGUGAUGGGCUUUGGGACGUCUGUACCGACCAGGACGCAGUGAACCUGGUCCGCAAUGUCCAGGACCCCGCGGCUGCUGCGAAAAUGUUGGUCGACCAUGCGCUUGCCCACUUCAGCACAGACAAUCUUUCGUGCAUGAUUGUCCGGCUCGACCGAGAUGCACUCGUGGACAGCCAGAAGAGCAAAGGCGGCGUCGCCUCGACAGUCCUCGACGGCAGUAAGUGGGACACCACGCCCAGCGAAGCUGACACGAUCGUCAACAGUGUCAAACAGAAGAUUGCAGACGGGGAAGCGCAAGCCAUUGGGGUGUCGGCGACCAACAGCGGACGGGGCCAUGGCCCGCCUUCUGCUGAUGAGGCGUUCAAGCGUACAGCAAUCAAAGGAUCGGUAGAGGAAGAGCCGAGUCUGGCAAGCGAUGAUGCGGCGGGGCUGAGAGCGGACAGAUCGGUGGCUGUGGCCGUGGCCGAGGCCGAGGCAGCUGGGAGUUUAGAGGUCAAGCCAUGA